AUGAAAAUGACUCCUGCGUCCGGCCCUGAAAGAGAGUCCUCGCAACUGCAAGCAGCAAGUACUCCCAUGCUAGUCGCCCAGCCAGGCCCCCCAGCGAGCACCUCGUCCGGUGUGUUCGAGUUCUAUCCGGAUCCACAACUCGCCCUGCGACUCUGGUCCGUGUAUGUGAAGUCUGUGGAUCCCGUUCUCAAGAUCUUGCAUAUACCGACAACUCAAUCCGCGGUGAUAGCAACGAUUCUAGACCCCAAGUCGGCAGGAUCGUCCAUGGUGGCAUUGACCUUUGCGAUCUAUUUCGCCGCCAUUACGGCUCUAGGGUUUCAUGGUGAACCAGAGCUUCCGGUGGAGGAGAGACCGGUGCUCCUGAAGCGCUACAAGGCUGCAUUGGAUAGACUUCUCAUAGCAACUGACGUGAUGAAUCAGCCGGAGAUGACGGCGUUGCAAGCUCUGGCCAUCUUUGUAACGUGUCUACGAGUCCAUGAAGCCGGACGCAGCGCAUGGGUCCUCAACGGUCUAGCCAUCCGACUCGCCCAGUCACUCGGACUCCAUCGCGACGGCGCCGACCUCCAGCUGAGUCCAUUCGACACCGAGAUGCGUCUCCGUCUCUGGUGGCAUCUAUGCGUGCUCGACUCCCGCGCCCCCGAAGACCAAGGCUUCGAAUUGACGCUGGACGCUCCUAACCGCGCCCUGCGACUCCCUCUGAACAUCGACGACCAUCAGCUCUUCCCGACCAUGACCCAACUCCCCCCCGAAACAAUCGGCUGGACCGAAAUGUCCUUCUUUCUGAUCCAGACCGAGUCCUGCCAACUCAUCAACCCUAUUCUAGGGACUCGGGAACCUUUCUCCGCAGACGCCUUGCCCGACAUCACCGCAAAGCGGCAAUUGAUUCACGAUCGUUCGCAGCUCAUCAUCCGGAAAUACGGUCUCUCAUUGCCACUCAGAUCUAGCCACAAUGCACCAGCAACAGGAGGAGGACCAAGACAAGAUACUCUCGCCCGCGUCGCCAUGCAGCAUUUCACCACAGCGCGGAAGAAAAUGGAAUUCAUGCUGCAACUGCGCGAGGAGAUCAGCAUGCAGAUGAAGAUGCAGAACGCGAACGGGAACGGGAACCUGAAGGCUCAUACAACCGAUACACCCAAUACCGAUGGAUUCAGACUCUCAUUCCGUCUCGCCUGCGAAAGCAUGGAAAGUAACUCCCUUCUCUUGAAAAUCUCUUUUUCCGAUGGCUUCAGGUGGCUCUUCACGACGUAUACGCCGUGGUAUGCGCUCGCGUACGUGCUGCGGUGUCUGUGUUCUUGUCCGAGCGGAGGAGACGCCGAGAGGGCGUGGGCGUUGAUCGAUGCUGUGUUUCCGGUUGCCAUGAGUCUGGAUGGAGACGUCUCGUCGCAGUCGGCAUCGAAUGGUGGACACUCUGGGCAUGGGCAAACGCAGCAGACCCAGGGACAGGGCAGUAUUUGGAAAUGUCUCACCUUGCUUCGUGCCCAGGCCUUGUCGUUGAGGCGCGCGAGGUCCCGGUCCCGGUCCCAGUCCAGGCCGUCAUCUACUGAUAAUCAUGGCGAUGGCGAUGGAGGUGGGAGCCACGAGGCCAGUCACAUGUACCCGCAAGGACAUGUACCACUGCAAUCGCGCGUCGAGAACCCGUCAUAUGCCAGAAAUGCGCCGCCAGUUCUAACUCAUGAUGCAGCGCCCUCGGCAGCCAUGUCUUCCUCUUCUUCCUUUGCACCACCUCCUCUUCAACAUCCUCAUCCUCUUCACUCUCAUGCUCAUCCUCCAGAAUUUCCCUCCUUCCAAGAAGAACAACCAUUCCUCACCGACAACGCGAGCAACAACCCGAACAUCUUCUCAGGGGUGGAUUUCUCAAUGUCUGAGAUUCCGUUCCUACCUGAGUGGAACGCAGUGAUGAAUGGAUUUUCAGUUGGGGAGGGAGAUGCUGAUUUAUGGUGA